UCAGUGAGUCCUUUUUCUAUCUUCCUUUCACGGCCCUCAUCAUCAUCUGUCUCCUGCUCCAUCCAGCUGAACCACAACAAAGAUGGUGGCCGAUUCCAAAGGCAAAUCCGAUAUCUCCUUCGCCGGAACUUUUGCCAGCAGUGCUUUCGCCGCAUGUUUUGCUGAGAUAUGCACAAUUCCAUUGGACACUGCAAAAGUUAGGCUGCAGUUACAAAAGUCGGCUGUUGCAGGAGAUGGAGUGGCCUUGCCAAAAUACAGGGGCAUGUUGGGCACGGUUGCUACCAUUGCAAGGGAAGAAGGUUUGGCAGCGCUCUGGAAAGGAAUUGUACCCGGAUUGCAUCGGCAAUGCGUUUAUGGAGGGUUACGGAUUGGGUUAUAUGAACCUGUGAAGAACUUGUAUGUGGGCAGUGACUUUGUUGGAGAUGUUCCUUUGACCAAGAAGAUUCUUGCUGCACUUACUACCGGUGCCAUUGGAAUCGCUGUGGCAAAUCCAACUGAUCUUGUGAAAGUUAGACUUCAGGCUGAAGGGAAACUACCAGCCGGUGUACCAAGGCGCUAUUCUGGAGCUUUGAAUGCGUACUCCACGAUUGUGAGACAGGAAGGAGUUGGGGCACUCUGGACUGGGAUUGGACCCAAUAUAGCAAGAAAUGCUAUUAUAAAUGCUGCCGAACUGGCCAGCUAUGAUCAAGUGAAGGAGACAAUUUUGAAAAUUCCUGGAUUCACAGACAAUGUUGUCACUCAUCUUUUUGCUGGUCUGGGGGCGGGUUUUUUUGCUGUUUGUAUCGGUUCCCCUGUUGAUGUGGUCAAGUCAAGAAUGAUGGGGGAUUCUACUUACAAAAACACACUUGACUGUUUCAUCAAGACCUUGAAGAAUGAUGGCCCACUUGCUUUCUACAAGGGCUUUAUUCCAAAUUUUGGAAGGCUGGGAUCUUGGAACGUGAUAAUGUUUCUAACUUUAGAACAGGCAAAGAAAUUUGUCAGAAGCUUAGAAUCAUCUCGAGCUUGAACAUGAUGGAAAAGGCUAAAAUGCGUGGAGAAGAUGGAAGGAGUCCCGAGAACAAUAAGUUAACUAUCUGCCCUUGUCAUUUCUCUUAUUUAGAUGAGGAGUCCUGCAAGGGAGAUUAUAGAAACUCAAAAUGCUUUGAAAUAAUUUGAUUGGUGAUCUUUUUGGUACUCAAUUAUUUUUACUUGUCCCCAUUCACCCUCUUGGGUACUAAUCGUUUUGCUUAGUGGAUUGAACUUGGGCUGCUUAUA